CACGCCCGUUUCUUGCCUUGCCUUGUCUGGUUGGCUUGCCUUGCCUGUCUAGGGGCCACGGAUCUUGGCAACCACGAGACGCUACUCCGAGGAGCCGCCGCGCACGCCGGCGCCGGCGCUGCCAACCGCCAUCCAUGGUCGCCGUCUUUAACAAGGACGUUCUGAGCUGGUAUCUGAUCACGGUCAAGCUCAAGGAGACCGUCGAUGCCAACCUCAACAAGUCCCCGCCGCCCGGCGCGCUGCCCCGGUGGCAGGCGCUGAACCGUAACCUGCCGCUGCUCACCAGCGGCGAGGCGGAAGCCGGAAGCGACGCAUUGCCGCCGCGCCAGGAGCUGGAGCGCCCCGGUGAGGUCCGGAUCCAGGUGCGAUCGCCGGCGCACAGCCCAAAGCCGCAGGACCCGGAAUGGGUGGUGGCCAUCCGCGGGAAGCUGGCGCAGGCGCGCGCCGAGGAGGCGGCGUGCCCGUGGGCGCGCCUGUCCGUGUACCGCGUGCCCAAGUCGCUCCGCGACGGCGACGAGCGCGCGUACAUGCCGCAGGUGGUGUCCAUCGGCCCGCUCCACCGCGGCCGGCGCCGGCUGCGGGAGAUGGAGCGGCACAAGUGGCGGGCGCUGCACCACGUCCUGAAGCGCACGGGGCACGACGUCACCGCCUACCUCAACGCGCUGCGGCCGAUGGAGGAGCGGGUGCGCGCCUGCUACGACGGCCGCGUCGCCGGGAUGCAGGGGAACGAGCUCGCCGAGUGUAUGGUGCUGGACGGGACGUUCGUGCUGGAGCUCUUCCGCGGAGCGCUGGACGGCGGGAAGAGGUUCGUCGACGACCUGGGCUACUCGCGGCAUGAUCCCAUCUUCGCCAUGCGCGGCGCGAUGCACGCCAUCCGCAACGACAUGAUCCUGCUCGAGAAUCAGAUACCCCUAUUCGUGCUCGACCUCCUGCUCGGGCUCCAGCUCGGCAAUCCGGAGCAGACCGGCUUGGUCGCCAGCUUCGCCGUGCGCUUCUUCGACCCGCUCAUGCCGACCGAUGAGCCGCUACUCCGCAAGGACCGGUCCAAGCUGGAGUCAUCCGUCAGCACCGGGGAGGCGGCGGCCACGGCGGCGUUCGACCCGCUGUCCGGACCAAUGCUCCAUUGCCUCGACGUUUUCCGGCGCAGCCUCCUCCGCGCCGGACUGCAGCCCACCCCGCCGCCGCCGGCACGGCUUUGGCUCAAGAAGUGGUCGGGGCUCCGGCGUGUGGCGGACAAGCGGCGGCAGCAGUUCGUGCACUGCGUGUCGGAGCUCCGGGAAGCAGGAAUCCGGUGCCGGCGGCGGAACACGGACCGCUUCUGGGACAUCAAGUUCGACAACGGCGUGCUCCAGAUCCCGCGCAUCCUCAUCCACGACGGCACCAAGUCCCUCUUCCUCAACCUGAUCGCGUUCGAGCAGUGCCACAUGGACAUCGCCACCCCGGGCGGCAACAACAUCACCUCCUACGCCAUCUUCAUGGACAACCUCAUCAACUCGGCCGACGACGUCAGGUACCUCCACGACCGGGGCAUCAUCGAGCACUGGCUGGGGAGCGACGCCGAGGUGGCCGACCUCUUCAACAGGCUGUGCCUGGAGGUGGUGUUCGACAUCAACGACAGCUACCUCUCCGGGCUCUCGGACCAGGUGAACAGAUACUAUGACCACAAGUGGAGCACGUGGGUCGCCAGCCUGAAGCACAACUACUUCAGCAACCCGUGGGCUAUCGUCUCGGUGGUCGCCGGUGUCUUCUUGCUGCUGCUUACCAUGACGCAGACCUUCUACAGCACCUACAGCUACUACAGGCCGAUGAAGUGAUGCUGCGGAAAGUGCAUGAAGCAAUCCAAAAUGUGAUCUUUUUUGGGGGUUGGCAUUGUGCGAUAGGCAUCUAAUUGCUGAUUUGUAACAGUGUUAGAUUGCUGGUUGCAAUUAUAGCUUUGAUUGGAAGAAUUCUUCCCUUGGACUUCCGAGCGCACUGGGUGUGACAGAGGGAUUUGACUAGCAAAUCCAUUGUCAAAAGAUACUUAUAUUGUAUAUUUUCGAAAGGAAGUGCAUGUUCUUUAUAUAUAUCCCUUAUAUUCCAUAUCGUAAG